GAAAAUAAAAUUUGAUCAAGAACUGAGCCUGUAAGAAAACAUGAGUGACCAGUUUGAAACUGCUAAUAAAAGCGACACUAAUUUGAAGAAUCAAAGUGAUGGCAUGCAUUUAAUAGUCGAAUCAACUUAUCAAUUGUCCACGCUGAAGCAGCAUAUACAGCAAUCAUGUUUGGCGGAAAAGUGUAAAUUUUUAGAAGACUGUGAUAAGAUUGACGAAAUAUGUCGAAGAUUUUUAAAUUUAUUAAAAGAAGAAGAAUUAAAUUUGGAUGAGAUUACCAAUAUAUUUGUGGCUGCUUGUAUGUGUUAUUACAUUCAACCAACGACAGAGAAUAUUGAUUGGCGUUCUCAGUUUCUUCAAAAAGCUUUUCAAUAUGUGGAUACAUUGAGUCCUCUGCACCUACAUGUAGCAUCUAAACGGUUAUGGGAGGCUUUAAAAACAGAUGGAAUCGAGUUUGUUUUUAAUUUACUCUCUUUAAGUCAUCGCAUUUCCAUUGCUAGCGAAACUGGUCGGGCUAUAGCUAUUUGUUUGAUCUGGGCCAUUUUGUGCGAGAUUACCGAAAAUACUAUUGAAAUGUAUUGUUUUCACGAAUUUCAUGAUCUUGUUAAAAUGCUCAAUGAGAUUGACGAGUCAAUGCUGCAAAUGGAGGAUAACCUACGCAUUGUUUAUAUUUUAAUACAAUGUAUUGGAUUCCUGAUUAACACUAUCGUGUUUGGUGAUAAUGAGAGUUUCAAAAAAGCAGGUUAUCGCAAUUAUUUCUCGUAUACCAAACGGGACUUAGAUAAAUUAAAACAUUAUUUGGAACGUUUGAGCUCUCAGUUAAGCAUCAGGGUCAGUCAAGGAGAUAAUCAUUAUGAUUUACGGAUGACGCUCAUAGAGUAUCUUAAAGUGAAUACUACCAGCGUGCUGGAAUGGAAGAUAAGUAAAAAGCAAUCUAAGUAAAGUUGGCUUUACGUUGUAUGUUAGGUACGUAGGUAGGUAGAUUAUAAUAUUCAUUAGAGCACAAAGAUGUUAUUGAAGCAAGUUGUUCAAAUAAAUAGAAAUGUUUAACAUCAUACGGUAAAAAUUGCACGUUUUUAAACAUGUGAAGUGACUAUAUUCGUCUUGAACGCGAUCUAUAUUAUUCGUCUUGUAGUGAAAACACAAUUAAAGGUUCGUUUUAAUAAUUCUUUAUUACGAAUGCUUUUACAAAGCACUUAAUAU